CCUGCCCGCCUCCCCGCCGGGAGCCCCGCCACCGCCCGCCCGCCCGCGCCGGGGAGAGGAGGGUGGGGACGGGACGGGACGGGUCCGCCCCGCCGCGGGUUGUGCGCGUGCUCGGCGGCGGCGGGAGCCGGGAAUGGCGGCGGUGCUGGAGCUGCUGCUGCGGGAGGAGGUGGCGGUCGCUGCCGUGGUGCGGUGGCUCCUGCACGGCCCCGGCCACCGCCCAGCUGAGGAGAACCACAUCCAUGAGAAGCUCGUAUCUCUUAGUUUGCUUCAGAAAGACUUUGUGCCUUUUCUGCUAAAUUUUUUAAGGGAGCAGACCAGCCAGAUCCUGACUAAUGGACCCUCUACUCCUGCUAAAACUCCUAAUUCCAAGGCCCAUGGAAGCCAAAGGACAGGAUCAGAAAGAAGGGCAGGCCAUGCCACCAGCAGCCGUGUGCAGCUCUUUUCCCAAAGCACUUCGGUAACCACCUGCACCACAGAUACCAGCUUUUCUCCUGCUGUGGCAUCCAGCAGCUCCUCUUCUUUUUCUGGGUCAAGCCUGUCCAGCCCGUGUGGUGACUUUCCUAGCAUGGUCUCCAGCAGCAGCCCAAGCUUUGGGUACAGCCCUCUGCUUAACCAUGGUGAGAAGCGGUCAUCUCAGAAGGCCAGCUUGGGCAGCUUCCUCACAGCCACACCUGAAGCCCUGCCAGCGAGACGAGGCCGAAGGAAAGGCAGCAGCUCAGUCAGUGCCUCUGGCCGUCCAGUAGCUCGGGAUCUGGGGCACUGCCUUACUGAAGAGGAAGAUGGAAAGAGUGACGGUGCAUCGUGGUGCUUAGGGAGAAGGAAGCGGAGUGAAGUGCCUCCUGUUUCUGUCAGAUCCCCACCCAGCCAGCUAAAUCUUAACAAUUUGGAGGAGUUUCCACCCAUGGGUGCUGCCUCUGGCUGGACAAACAAAAGCAAACCGUCAAGGCGAAUCAACCCAACUCCUGUAAGUGCUGAGCGCCCCCUCUCAAAACCAAAGAUGUGCUUUACUUCUACACCUGUCAGCCAGUCUCCAGCUGCUCGGUUUUCAUCUGGGACAAGCAUUGAGGCCUUUACUGCUGUCCAGGAAGGAAACCUUACGUCUAUGAUAAGCAACAGCCUUCAAGAGGAGAGGGAGAUGCUGAAGAAAGAACGAUGCAAGUUGCAGCACCAGGCAUCUUCUCCUGCAGGGAUAUCUCUUGAUCCUGGUACUCCUACUAAGCCUAGCUACAUUCGCAGUGCUAGCCUUCCUGCUGAAAGCCAUCUGGUGACCUGUGCAGAUGCUACUAAAGUUUCCUGCAAGAAACAGUUGGAGUGUCUGGCACAGCUCUAUUCCUCAUGUAUAGCAGAAAACCUGGUACCAAAUAUUUUUCUGGAGCUCUUUUUUGUUCUGCAGCUGUUGACAUCUAAAGGCACUUCUACUGCAGAAGAUGGGGAUAGUGACCUUGAACUCAAUGAAAGAGGUAAAGAUGCAUCAGGGAGACAGCAUUUCCGAAGUGUGCACAACUGUGUUUAUUUUGCUGUUCAAGUCUUGGAUUAUCAGUAUGAAAUUAUUUCCCGUUUAGAAAAGGGGAUGCUGAAGCUUUUGGCUGAAAACGAACGGAUUGCAUCUUUUUCUCCCAGCUUGCAUGAGAGGCUCAGGCGGGCUUAUGAAAGCAGCACAGCCAAGGUGUCUCUCCUGCUGCCAUGCUCUGUGCAGUCUGUUUCCUUCCAGCCAGAAACUGACAAUCGCUCCAACUUUCCUAGUGACAGAGCAUUUCACAUAUUUAAGAAACAAAGGGAUAUAUUUUAUGAACUGCUGCGUGAAUGGGAGGAUAACCAUGAAAAAACUGGCUGGGACUUUGAAAGAGUUUUGGGCAACAAGAUCAGGGCCAUGAUGGCUCACCUGUCUGCAACCUGCAACCACAGCCAUUUUGCCAGGCUUUUUCAGAAACAGCUUAUCCAGAUGUGUAAAGGUCCAGUUGGUGGUGGUGCAAGCUCGGGAGACACCCCAGACCAGGAUGUCCUCAAUAUGCUUGGUUCUGAUAAUCUGAGCCGUCUGAAGAGGCUGCAGGAAAGAUUUGUUGUUCCUCAGAGCAUCAGAGGACCAUGUCCACCCCCUUCGUUCCCAGGGUGCCAGCAGUUCUUCAGGGACUUCAUCCUCAGUGCAGGAAGUUACCAGUUCAAUCAGCAUCUGAUGGAUAGUCUGUGCCUGAAGAUACUUGAACUGAAUGGCCUUACUCUGGUGGAGCAUGAGCACAGUGAUGGGGAAGCAGAUAUGGAUGAGCAGGAUGAAAAGAAACGUUUCACUGUGGUCCUGUUAAGCCUGCGACUCCUCGCCAAGUUCCUGGGCUUUCUUGUUUUCUUGCCAUAUCGCACUGUGGAGCAACCAACUAGAGACUUGCAAGACUCUGCAGUAGCCUUGAGAAACCAAACCCUGCCUGUACUGGAUGUAUUGAAGCUUCUGAGACAAUCUAUUCAGGAUCAUCGUUCCAUCCUCACUAUUCCUUGGAUUGUGGAGUACCUUUCACUUGUGGAUCAUAUUGCUCCUUUCCUUGAUUACUACAGGAAAGUAUUUUGUCUCUUGCUGCAGGUAUACAGGUUAAUGGUCCUUUCUGAAGAUAAGGAGAUGAGUUUCCUGAACAAGCUGCUGAUCCUUGCAGUUCUGGGUUGGCUUUUUCAGGUUCUAUCAGUCCCUGAAGAGUUGUUUUUUACCACUGAUGCCAGGCAGGAGCAGUUGAUGAUGAAUACUGUGACAUCUGCUCAGGCUUUGGACUCUGUACCCUUGGUGGAUCAGCAGUUACUUUAUACCUGCUGUCCCUAUCUUGGGGAGCUGCGGAAACUACUUGCCUCUUUUGUGGCUGGUAGUGGAGCAAAAAAUGGUGGCUUUAUAAGGAAAAUCACUCCCACAGCUGCAGAGUCCUUGGCACCCAAAGCUUCUGUCACACAGCGGAAACUGCAGGUAGAGUUGGAACAGGCCUUCUUCCACAACCAGCCUCCCUCCCUACGCAGAACAGUUGAAUUUGUGGCAGAGAGGGUGGGAUCCAACUGUGUUAAGCAUAUCAAAGCAACACUGGUAGCAGAGUUGGUUCAAAGGGCUGAAGUCAUGUUGCAGGAUAAAGUGAAGGAGGAGGAUGCCAAUCAUGACAAGCUGCUUGAAGAGGUGUGCACUCAUCUCUAUGAGGAAGGAGCCCAGGCACUCAUCAAAGGCAGAGAAUUUUGCAAAAAGAAAGGUCCUGAGGCGAUAAGGGUGUUGUUGCCAGAAGAGACAUCUGCAGCAGUUUUAAGUUGCGCGGAAGACAUUGCAGUGGAUCUGGCUACUGAGAAAGCCUGUGGCUGGCUUUCUGCUAACAUUGCAGCACUAAUCAAAAGAGAAGUGAAGGCAACCUUCAACAGAAUGCUGAAAGUCCCAGGAAUUCCCUUGCCCAGCGAGGAUGCUCUGGAGUUGAGAAGGGACUGCCCUGCAGGCUGUCAGCACUGUGCUCCGUUUCCCUCCCAGAUCAUCAACGAGAUUAAGGAUGUGCUCUGUGUUGCUGUGGGCCCACGGGAUGAGGGUGAAGUGAUCGACUGCAUCUGGCUGGAGUGCUUGCUGGGACGAUUGAGUCAGACGCUUCGAUGCAGAAAGUUCAUGUGUCCCACAUCAGAGCAGCAGCUGGCAAAAUGCACGGUUGAGUUGGCUUCUUUGCUGGUUUCAGAUCGUGUCCCUCUGCGUCUCAGGAUCAAAUCCCCAGAGAAGACCUCUGAGAGGCUGUGUGUGAAGAAUAAUCCCACCUAUGGCCUUCUAAAACUCCUGCUUUCUGUCUGGAAGGAGGACUUUGGGACACCUGUUCCUGUGCAGCUGAUGUUCAGCAAGAAGAACAUUGGUUACCUUGCAGAAGUUAAACAACGAGAGUGGGAUUUGUUCCUUUUCAUGCUUCGUGGUCUUGUAGAACAUGAACUAAUGAGAAGCAGUGAAAUAGAAAGUUGCUUGCGUAGCCUCAAAGAGCUCCCUUGGCCCUCAGAUUUCUUAAAAGAACUGGAAAUGCUGUCCAGAGUAUUUAUAUCGGAACAUCAGAUAGCAGAACUCGGGACUAAGCAGGGUGAGCUGACCAGACAACCUCUAGGUACCGUGACAGCACAAAGUUAAUGAAGGCCACUCUUUGUAGACAAAACAGCCUAAUGAAGAUGUGAAGGGACUGUGCAGUGUUUCUGAAUGCCUUGUGAGCUCUUUGCUGUGAGCUGCUGCCACUAGGAGGUCACUCUGUGCAAAACCCACACUGGUCUUCCCUUUCUGUUCAUGGACAUUUUGCCAUGGUGACUAUGCUGAAGGAUGUCUGUCAAUCAGCAAAUGGAUCUCCAAGUCAGAAGUCCUUUAAGCACCUUUAUCAUUGCUCAGAGCAGCCAGUUUUUAGACUCAGUGACACAUUUUGUAUCUGUGCAGCAACAGGCUGUGACCAAACCCAGAAAUAGAUACAAGUGGACAAGUAACUUCAUGAUCAGAGACAUGGUUUCCUGGUGGCUCUUCUCAUAAUUUAAUGUGACUUCUCAUGUUUGUUGUCUUUUAACAAAGAUUCUACUGUCAGGGGAGGGAAAGGAUGAACCUGUAUGACAUGAAGAUGAGCCUAUAUUUAUUUUUCAUUGUGAGCCCAAUUUCAAAGCUUUGAUUUUAAUGAAGACUCAUUUUAAAAGUUGAACCGUAUUAAAUAUAUACAUCAGAACACUGAUGGCAUUAUUCUGAAAGCAUGUGGAUGCUUAAGUGUUUUUCCAUCUCUUGUUGGAAACAGAACUUGUAACUUCCCAAGGUUUUUAAUAGAAAUAAGGGAGAAAAUAUCAGUUUAUAUUUUUUACUGAACACAGUAUUUUUAAGACACUUUUAUAGUAUGUGAACUUAAACGGCAUCUUACUGCUGCUUUUUAUAAUCCUUUUUGCCUUGAGUUUGGGUUUUAUCAGACAGGAAGUGCUGCAGCAAGAAAACUACAGCCUGGAAGAGCAGACAGAACAGUAGUGGAAGAGCACUGUGCCAUCCCCUGGGGAGCUGGCCUGGAAAGGAAUCGUUUCUGUGAGACAGCUGGCAUUUCUGCUUGUGCAGAUAGGUCCCCACCAAGGGUGUGAUCGCCUGUCCACCCCGCGAGUAUUUCCUCACACUGGAGCCUGGGGCAGGGGCUGCUGGGUGCUGGCAGGACAUGAUCAAGUGCUCAUGAGCUGUCUCAUGGGGUUAUUUUUCCUGCCCCUGUAGCAGCAAGGAAAUGAUUUCCUUUUGUCUGAGAGUGUCCUGUUAGUGCAGGUUUUCCCAGAAAGCAAAUACUGUGUGAUGAGAGAGCAACAUCUGGACAAAGUGAAGCCCGGUGGCUUUACCAUGUGCUAAUUAACUUGCCUCUUCCCUUGGAUAAGGCAAGACAGGGUAACAUCUUGAGAGUCAGCGAUUUAAGAAAAAACACAGAUAAACAGGACUGAGGAGGUGUAACUGUGGCUUCAGAGAGAGAGGCAGCAGAGGCACAUCAGUGUCUGACGUGUACCGAGGUUUUUCUAGACUUGGUUAGAGCACUGUAUUGACAGAUUGGGCAUAUGCCAUCUGCAUGCCUCCCUGCAAGAGUUUUCUCAUGACUGAAGCAGAGGAUCCCUAGAAGUAGGCAGGCCGUUUAUGGCAAUACAAACUGGACUAGCAAGUACACCCUGUCGUAUCGUACCUGCUCGCUGAGGCUGAGUCAUGUGUGACUUUUUGCUGCAGAUCUCAUUUGAAGUUGUUGUUUGUCAAAAUAAAUGAUUAAAUCUC